AUGGCGAGCAUCACAUUUCACAAUAUGGGCAAUGGAACAUCUAGGCCUCUGAUGACCCAGGACUCAAGAAAAAAUAUUAGGAGAAAUGAAAAGCUCACUGAGGAUGACCCAAAGGACAAAGUUCCUUUUGCAGACGCCUUACGGAAAGACAAACAUUCAAAAACGACGACAUCUUUACCUGUGUCGGCCACCGUAGCUUCUCUAAAGGGAGGCAAAGAGGGAGGGGUGAGCGGUGGACUGAGCCGUUGCGCCGUAAAUGAUGACAACAUUUAUUCCCAGGUGCUGAACUUUGAUGCUGAGAUGGUUUUCUGGAGCUGUUUACUGUCACUCUUUCUCUGGCUCAGAGUGUCAUCUGCUAAUGCUGGGGAAUGGAGCGCUAAAAUGCCAGAAUCAGUGGUGGGUUUGUCUGGAUCAUGUGUGCUGAUUCCCUGUACGUUCAGCUACCCUGCAAAUGGAAAAACAUACACAGAAUUUACAGGGAUUUGGUACAAAGGAAAUGAAGAAUCAACAGUAUACCAUACAGACACUUCAAAAAUCAUUGACUCAUUCAAAGGUCGCACUAGUCUCAUUGGUGAUUUGCGCAAAAAUUACUGUUCUUUGAAAAUCAGCUCUCUGAGCAGCAGUGAUGCUGGGCCAUUCAUGUUCCGGAUUGAGAUUAAUGAUCUGAACAAGUACACAUAUAAAAAGAAAGAAGAAAUAGUUUCUAUAACAGUGAAAGAAACACCAGAGAAUCCUACCGUCUCUGUGGAAGAGGAAGUAACAUCAGGGAAACCGGUGACUGCUACCUGUGCCGUGUCUCAUUCCUGUCCGUCAGACCUGCCUCGUGUCUCCUGGAGCCAUGAUGGCUCACAUUCAAGUCCAUCACAGCCACAAAAUCAUGGUCAAUGGAAGCUUACAUCUUACAGCCUGACCUUCACUCCUUCUAGAGAAGACCACAAUAAACGCCUCAGCUGCUCUGCAGAGUUUAAAGGGAAGACAGUGACAGGCUACAAAACACUCAAAGUUAAAUAUCCUCCAUAUAAUGUAAACGUGGUCACUAAACCCUCAGUGAAGGAGAAUGACUCUGUGGAACUGAACUGCUCCAGUAACAGCAAUCCUCCUGCAAACAGCUACCAGUGGUUCAGCUCAAAUGGGAAGAGGUUAGCAGAGAACCCCACUUACAAACUGGAGAGAGUAUCUCGACAUACUGAGGCCAUUUCCUGUACAGCCAUUAACACAGAGGGAAAAAACAGUUCUGGUCCGCAGAAAAUUAACGUGCUGUAUCCUCCAUAUAAUGUAAACGUGGUCACUAAAUCCUCAGUGAAGGAGAAUGACUCUGUUGAACUGACCUGCUCCAGUAACAGCAAUCCUCCUGCAAACAGCUACCAGUGGUUCAGCUCAAAUGGGAAGAGGUUAGCAGAGAACCCCACUUACAAACUGGAGAGAGUGUCUCGACAUACGGAGGCCAUUUCCUGUACAGCCAUUAACACGGAGGGAAAAAACAGUUCUGGUCCACAGAAAAUUUAUAUAUUGUGUAAGGCAUCGGUUCAACAGUUUAAACUGGGUUGGCUGGGUUUCCCUGAGACUAUCCAGUGUUUUGCCAAUAACAGUCUGGGAAGCUCUUCCAUAACUUUGGAAACACCUCAAAAUGGCAUAAUAAUAUACAUUGCUGUUGCAUCAGCUGUUGUAGUUGUUUUAGCCUGCAUUUUAGUGUAUGUUGUGGCAAGACGCUGUGGGAAGAGAGCUGCACAACUACAUGUAAUAAAGAAUGAGCAGAAUGAAAUGAAGAUAACCCAAAACAAGUCUGAUUUAGAAAACGAACGAGUAUAUCAAAUUGAUUUUUGA